AUGGAGGAGGAAGGCAAGAGGGGCAAAAAGGUGAGGCGGGGAGGGCGGGGGCGCCGGGGGGGAGAGGGGGCGGGGCCUGGGAGGAGGGCGGGGCCUGUGGGGAAGGGUGGGGGAGGGGCAGAUACACUGGGGGGGCAGGUGGGGGGCUGAUUCCCCCCAUGAGAAUUGGAGUUGGGAAUAUUCACACAACCUAUAAAAAUUGGGGUGGGUGGGGAUGUUUUAAAAGAUCAAUUUGAAGUCCUGCUGCCCCCCUUUUUUACCAGAAUAUCCCCCCCAUAAGAAUUGGAGUUGGGAAUAUUCACACAAUCCAUAGGGAUUGGGGGUUCAGAUGUUUUAAUUAAAUAGAACAAGAUCAAAUUGAAGUUCUGCUGCCCCCCUUUUUACCAGAAUACAUAAGAAUCCAUAAGAAUUGGAGUUGGGAAUAUUCACACAACCCAUAAAAAUUGGGGGUUCAGAUGUUUUAAUUAAAUAGAACAAGAUCAAAUUGAAGUCCUGUUAUCCCCACUUUUUCUUUUAAAAACCAGAUCACCCCAAGUAAGAAUUGGAGUUGGGGGUGCUUAGAGAUGCUUUAAUUAAAUAAAAGAAGAUCAAAUUGAAGUCCUGCUAUCCCCACUUUUUGUUUCUAAAACCAGAUCACCCCAAUAAGAAUUGGAGUUGGGGGUUAUCACACAACCUAUAAAAAUUGGGGGGUGGGGAGGCUUUAAUUAAAUAAAACAAGAUCAAAUUGAAAGUUCUGCUGCCCCGCUUUUUUACCAGAAUACCUUCCCAUAAGAACUGGAGUUGGGGGAGUCUUCACACAACCCAUAAGAAUUGUGGGGUGCAGAUGUUUUCAUUAAAUAAAACAAGAUCAAAUUGAAGUCCUGCUGCCCCCCUUUUUUACCAGAACACCCCCCAUAAGAAUUGGAGUGGGGGGUGUUCACACAACCCAUAAAAAUUGCAGUUGUUUUAAUUACAUAAAGCAAGAUCAAAUUGAAGUCCUGUUAUCCCCACUUUUAAAACCAGAUCACCCCGAAUAAGAAUUGGAGUUGGGGGUGUUCACACAACCCAUAAAAAUUGCGGGGUGCGGAUGUUUUAAUUAAAUAGAAUAAGAUCAAACUGAAGUCCUGUUAUCCCCACUUUUUCUUUUAAAAACCAGAUCACCCCAAAUAAGAAUUGGAGUUGGGUUGUUGCACAGCUCAUAAGAACUUGCCAGGUGUGUGUGUGGGGGAGAGAUUUUUCUUUUUUUUUAUGAAAUAAAACAUGAUCGAUUUGCAGUCCUGCUCUUGUUUUUCUCUCUCUCUCCUCAAUUUCAUCAGAGGUAAAUCCUCAGAAUUUUCCUCUUCCUCUCCCCACACCUCGCAUUUCACGUAUGCCAAUAAUAAAGAAGGUCUUGGUUGGUAUCUUUAAAACGUUUACAUCAUAUCAAGUUUAAUGUUUUUCUACUCCCUGCUCCCCCUCCCAAUUUCCAAAUAGUUCUACAUUUGCAGGACUCCUUUCCACCCCACCCACUUCAAAUAUUUCACAGCUGGCAAUAAUUGGACAGGGGGAAUAUUAUGUUUGAAAUAUUUAGAUGAUACGAAUCGUGAUAUCCUCCUGCUCCUUGUCCCGUUCCCCCAAUUACCAGAGAGUUUUACAUUUGCAGUCUUCCUUUCCAUCCCACCCUCUCUCAGUAUUUCAUGGGUGGCAAGUAUUGGGGUAGAGGGAGUAUUGUCAAACCCAAAAGGCUUCCAUUAGGCACCUUGUGAAAUCUUUCCCUUGGGGGAGGUCUUGUGAUUCUGCUGUCACCAGGUAAUAUUUGGCAGUGGAGGGGGGAAAGAUCUGUGCCGGACCAGCCUCAUCCGUUGUUGAAUACAGUAUUUUUCGCUCCAUAGGGCGCACUUAGUUUUUAGAGGGGGGGGGAAUAAAGAAAAAAAAUUAUCCCCCCCCAGCCCCAAAGAGCAAAGAAGCCAAGACAGCGAGCAGGAUCCAUCCCGCUGGCUGUCUUGGCUUCCUCUUUAGUCAUGCGCAACCUCUCCACCCGGGAGAUAGCUGCCUGAAGCCUGGAGAGUGAGACGGGUUGGUGUGCACCGACCCCUCUCGCUCUCCAGGCUUCAGCGAAAGCCUGCUUUCGCUCCAUAGGACGCACACACAUUUCCCCUUCAUUUUUGGAGGGGAAAAAGUGUGUCCUAUAGAGCGAAAAAUACGGUAUUUUGUUUUUGCUUGCUGUGUGAUGAAUUCCUUUGCUCCUCAGCAGCCUGCUCUGUACUAACGUAUUCAAUGAGUUAAGGACUUAAGGAGAGAGCUCAUAGUUUCUGGAUCAUACUGAAGGUCUGCCUAGUCCUGGGUCAGCAAACGUUUUCAGCAGGGGGCCGGUCCACUGUCCCUCCGACCUUGUGGGAGGCCGGACUAUAUUUGGGGGGGGGGAUGAACGGAUUCCUAUGCCCCACAAAUAACCCAGAGAUGCAUUUUAAAUAAAAGGGCACAAUCAUGUAAAAACAUGCUGAUUCCCGGACCGACCACGAGCCGGAUUGAGAAGGCAAUUGGGCCGGAUCUGGCCCCCGGGCCUUAGUUUGCCUACCCAUGGCCUCAUCCCACAAGGCUUAAUCAGUUCGCUGUAGGAAGCUCAUAAUCAGGACAUAAGGGCUUCUCUUUUUGUUGUUCCCCGGUGACUGGUCUUUAGAGACCUAUCGCCUCUGAAUAUACAUUUAGGACACUGCCGUUGUGACUGGUACUGUUCUCCAUUAAUUUAUCUAAUCCCAUUUAAAAGCUGUUCAGUCUGGUGGCUGUCACCGCUCCUUGUGGAAGCAAAUUCCAUAGCCGAAGGUAUGUGACUGCGAAGAAGUCUUUAGUCUUUCCAGUGUCUCCCAACGCUCAGUUUCUAGAAUUAUAUUCAUCACAGAUGCGUCAAUCUGACCCUCAGAUCUCUUUUGUUGCCGUUUCCUUCAUCCUUUUCAACUCGGCAAUAUAUUUUUAUUUUGAAGGCUGGUGUCCUGAACUGUACACAAUAUUUCUGGUGCAAUUGCAUCACAGAGUUAUAUAAAAGCCCAAAGAUUUUGACGCUUUGGCUUUCAGUCCCUUUCCUAAUGAUCCCUGGCACAAAGUUCAUCCACUUUCACAGCUAGAUGACGUUUUCAUUGCGCUAUCCUCAGAAAUCAGCCACUGCCAGCUCGGACCCCACAGGAAGUGAGGAUUUAUGUAUCGUAUUUUUCGCUCUAUAAGAAGCACCAGACCACAAGACGCACCUAGUUUUUGGAGGAGGAAAACAAGAAAAAAAAUAUUCUGAAUCUCAGAAGCCAGAACAGCAAGAAGGAUCGCUGCGCAGUGAAAGCAGCAAUCCCUCUUGCUGUUCUGGCUUCUGGGAUAGCUGCGCAGCCUGCAUUCGCUCCAUACGACGCACACCCAUUUCCCCUUACUUUUUAGGAGGGAAAAGGUGAGUCUUAUAGAACAAAAAAUACGGUAUUUAUUUGUCCUAAUAUGCAUCAGUCUGCACCUGCUUGCAGAGAACCACAUUUGCUAUUUUCUUGCUUAGUCACUCGUUUUCAGAAAGAUUCUUUUAGAGCUCUUCAUCACACUAUUUUUUUUUUCCUAUCCCAAAUAAUCCUGUGCCUUCAGCUAACUUGGCCACCUGACCCCUGAACCCUAGGUCACUUAAGAACAAGUUGUGUUAGUCAACCCCUCUGGAAAACUUAAUGGGAAGCGUAGUCUCGGAAUAGAAUUACCGUAUUUUUUGCUCUAUAAGACUCACUUUUUCCCUCUUAAAAAGUAAGGGGAAAUGUGUGUGCGUCUUAUGGAGCGGAUGCAGGCUGCACAGCUAUCCCAGAAGCCAGAACAGCAAGAGGGAUUGCUGCUUUUGAAAGCAGCGAAAGCAGCGAUCCCUCUUGCUGUUCUGGCUUCUGAGAUUCAGAAUAUUUUUUUCUUGUUUUCCUCCUCCAAAAACUAGGUGCGUCUUAUGGUCCGGUGCUUCUUACAGAGCGAAAAAUAUGGUACUGGUUGUGUUUGAGCCGUGUGCUGUGCCUCUAUCUCUCUAUUUGCCUUGGAGUAAAUUCCAUCUGGUACUCGAAUCGGGCUGACUUCUGGGGAUUCAGCAACAUUUUUGCUCUGGCCUGGCAAGUACAGGUGCAUGAGAUAUGUCUGUGUGUCCCAUUUAUGUGCACUAUGGUCAAGAAAGGCUCUUGCUUUCUUGUUCAGAGGUCCUCAGCAUGUUUCUGAAUUUAGUGAAUUUAGGAUUAAUUUUUACUUUUUGACUUGUGAAGACCGGGGGCGGGGGUCGAGGGAAGAGAGCACACUCUCCAAGCUCCUCUGUCCAGCUUGUGGGCCUCUCCCAAACCCAUGACCCAUUUUACCCAGCCCCAACUCAUGUCUUGCACCUUUUGCCCACCUGGAAUGUGUCCUUGACAAAGCCUUUUGCCUGCUUAUAUGGAGAGGGAUGUGCACACGGGGCUAGACAGAGGCCAGCAAACUUUUUCAGCAGGGGGCCGGUCCACUGUCCCUCAGACCUUGGGGGGGGCAGACUAUAUUUUUUGGGGUUGCAAAUGAACGAAUUCCUAUGCCCCACAAAUAACCCAGAGAUGCAUUUUAAAUAAAAGGACACAUUCGAAUGUGUCCCGCAAGGCAGCAGGUACAGAUUGCUUCCCAGGGUUUCCUCCCAAAGCCUUUAUAAUAAUAAUAAUAAUAAUAAUAAUAAUAAUAAAGGAUAAAGGUACCCCUGCCCGUACGGGCCAGUCGUGUCCAACUCUAGGGUUGUGCGCCCAUCUCACUUAAGAGGCUGGGGGCCAGCGCUGUCUGGAGACACUUCCGGGUCACGUGGCCAGCGUGAGGAAGCUGCUCUGGCGAGCCAGCACCAGCGCAGCACACGGAAACGCCAUUUACCUUCCCGCUAUAAAGCGGUACCUAUUUAUCUACUUGCACUUAGGGGUGCUUUCGAACUGCUAGGUGGGCAGGAGCUGGGACCGAAAGAUGGGAGCUCACCCCGCCGCGGGGAUUCGAACCGCCAACCAUACGAUCGGCAAGUCCUAGGCACUGAGGUUUUACCCACAGCGCCACCCGCAUCCCCAAUAAUAAUAAUAGUUUAUUAUUUAUACCCUGCCCAUCUGGCUGGGCUUCCCCAGCCACUCUGGGCGGUUUCCAACAAAAGAUUAAAAUACCAUAAUACAUCAACAUUAAAAGCUUCCCUAAACAGGGAGCGGAUGUCUUCUAAAAGUCUGGUAGUUGUUGUUCUCUUUGACAUCUGGUGGGAGGGUGUUCCACAGGGCGGGUGCCACCACCGAGAAGGCCCUCUGCCUGGUUCCCUGUAACCUCACUUCUCACAGGGAGGGAACCGCCAAAAGGCCCUCGAAGCUGGAUCUCAGUGUCUGGGCUGAACGAUGGGGGUGGAGACGCUCCUUCAGAUAUACUGGACUGAGGCCGUUUAGGGCUUGAAAGGUCAGCACCAACACUUUGAAUUGUGCUCGGAAAUGUACUGGGAGCCAAUGUAGGUCUUUCAAGACCGGUGUUAUGUGGUCUUGGCGGCCUUUCUGACAAAUGAGUAUAUCCGCGAGGCAGUGGUGGUUUAGGAUCAGAGUUUUCCUUCUCCUACCUUCCCAGGUGAACCCCACGGUGAGCCUAUUUGGACAUGAGAGGUGUUGAACUACCUGGCUUUUUAAAAGACCUCUUGGGGGGUGAGUGGAUUUCAGGCAGUUAGCAGUUUUAGUUUCAAACAAAGCAAACCAUACCCACCCUGCUCCAAAAAAUAAAAAUCCCGCAAAGUACCAAGGCAUUUUAUUUUUUUUGUCUGGUUGAUUACAUGGGGAUGAAGGAGGCAGCUCUGACAGCUCACCUCGGGCACUUGAAGGAAAUGGAAUAGGUGGGUGGAGAUCUACAGUACAUGCAAAAGGAAGCUGAAAUAGCGAGGGAGCCAGAAUGAAGCAAAGCAAAUGGGCCAGCAGAAUGCAGAAAAUUCAGCCUGGGGUUUGGGAGGGCUUGAAAUGAGAGCAGCCCCUCUAGUCUCAGCAGUUGUUGGUGUAUUCAAUUGAGUGUUCUAAAUCUGUACCGCUGAGCGAGGGACUUUCCUGCCCCCUCCACGAGAGAACCCCCAUAAUCCUUAAGAAUCUGGAGGAAUACCAUCCUCUGGCUUCUAAUUUCCGUGGCCCAGCUGAGCCCCUAUCUCAGGGGUCAGCAAACUUUUUCAGCAGGGGGCCAGUCCACCAUCCCUCAGACUUCGUGGGGGGUUGGACUAUACUUUGGGGAAAAAAUAUGAAUGAAUUCCUAUGUCCCACAAAUAACCCAGAGAUGCAUUUUAAAUAAAAGGACACAUUCUACUCAUGUAAAAGCACGCCGAUUCCCGGACCGUCCGUGGGCUGGAUUUAGAAGGCGAUUGGGUCGGAUCCGACCCCCGGGCCUUAGCUGGGAGAGGGCUAUUGAGGCUCUGCUUUGCCUCUAUGGCUGGAAGCAGCAAUGCUUCUGGAUCCCAGUUGCUGGAAACCUCAGAAGGGGAGAAUGAUGCUCUUGUGCUCAGGUCUCGCUUGUCAGUUUGUUCCACAGGCAUCUGGUUGGCCACUGUGGAACAGGGAGCUGGUCUGGAUGGGCCGGGCUCUCCUGGUGCGAUGUGUGCAAUUGAAUGGCAAACGUCAUGGUUGGUUUGGUGGGUUUUGACAGAGGGAGCUGGGCUGGGGGAACGGAUUCCUGGCAGAGUACAUGUAAAGGUUUGAAGAAUUUGGAAGAAACCACAUAGGGGCAUCAGCUGGAAUCUUACAAACGAGUGACACGGCAGCUAAAAAAGCCAAUGCAAUUCUGGGCUGCAUCCAUAGGAGUAUAGCAUCUAGAUCAAGGGAAGUAAUAGUGCCACUGUAUUCUGCUCUGGUCAGACCUCACCUGGAGCACUGUGUCCAGUUCUGGGCACCACAGUUCAAGAAGGACACUGACAAACUGGAACGUGUCCAGAGGAGGGCAACCAAAAUGGUCAAAGGCCUGGAAACGAUGCCUUAUGAGGAACGGCUAAGGGAGCUGGGCAUGUUUAGCCUGGAGAAGAGGAGGUUAAGGGGUGAUAUGAUAGCCAUGUUCAAAUAUAUAAAAGGAUGUCACAUAGAGGAGGGAGAAAGGUUGUUUUCUGCUGCUCCAGAGAAGCGGACACGGAGCAAUGGAUCCAAACUACAAGAAAGAAGAUUCCACCUAAACAUUAGGAAGAACUUCCUGACAGUAAGAGCUGUUUGACAGUGGAAUUUGCUGCCAAGGAGUGUGGUGGAGUCUCCUUCUUUGGAGGUCUUUAAGCAGAGGCUUGACAACCAUAUGUCAGGAGUGCUCUGAUGGUGUUUCCUGCUUGGCGGGGGGUUGGACUCGAUGGCCCUUGUGGUCUCUUCCAACUCUAUGAUUCUAUGAUUCUAUGAGUGUUUUGAUGGCCCAAGCUCUUUAUUUCUAUAGGAUUGAAAUCCACAAGUUGAUGAUGUUGUUGUUGUUAAAAAUUUCUAUACCGCCCUUCAUUCAAGGACCAUAGGAUAGUUUACAAUAGAAAAAAACCCCCAAAAUAUAUAACGUAAAGGUAAAGGGACCCCUAACCAUUAGGUCCAGUCGUGACCGACUCUGGGGUUGCGGCGCUCAUCUCGCUUUACUGGCCGAGGGAGCUGGCGUACAGCUUCCGGGUCAUGUGGCCAGCAUGACUAAGCCGCUUCUGGCAAACCAGAGCAGCGCACAGAAAUGCCGUUUACCUUCCCGCCGGAGCGGUACCUAUUGAUCUACUUGCACUUUGACGUGCUUUUGAACUGCUAGGUUGGCAGGAGCAGGGACCGAGCAACGGGAGCUCACCCCGUCGCGGGGAUUCAAGUUGUCAACCUUCCGAUUGGCAAGCCCUAGGCUCUGUGGUUUAACCCACAGCACCACCCAUGUCCCUAAAAUAUGUAUAUAACAUAGGAACGAACAAAAACAAUUACCCACCACCGCCAUGCACAGAUUGUUCAGUUAGCCAAAGACCUGAUAGACAAGAUAGAAAGGAGAUAAACCUUUCCUGGAUGUCAAAGUAUGAGACUGGCUCAGCAAUUUGUGUCGUCAGCCUGAUGUAAGGCCGGGCAUUCUUCUCUUGGCAUGUGAUUCCUGGACUGGAAAACCCCUUGAUUCCUGCCCCUGGGUAUUCAAGUGAUGUUCCAGUGUGGCCGCAAGACUGGUGCGUUCAGAUCUCCUAAAAGUCACUCCUUCCAGGGCUGGGUCGAGCUGAUGGUAGCUUUUGGCUUUCCGCCCUUCCUCUGUGCUUCCUGUUCAACUGCGGUGUGGUUAGAUAGGGACUUUAUGGAGGGAAUUGGUGCAUUUUCCUCCAGAAGGUGGUUGCAAUUUUCCCGUUGUCCUGAAAUUUUUUUUUCUUGGGGAGGCUGGCCUGCUGUGACUGUGUGUAUUUCUGGGGUUCAUGUUUGUGAGUACACAACCAAACUGAUUCGCAAAGGAACUGGCAUGGGAGCGGUUUAUCUGACCCAGGAUUUUCUCAGAAAGAAUGCUGUAUAAUGUUAAAUGGAAAUUGUUUAGAGGGCAUUUAUUACACAUGAAUGAAACGCCAUGAAAGGAUGGCAAUGGCCUAGGUUUCAGCCUGACUUGCUCACAAAUGUUCUUUGGGCCCCUUCCCAAGAGUCGUGUUCUAAUUAAUAUUUGAAGCUAAUUUUAGUUCAGUUUUAAUUCUGGAAGAGAAAUUGGGCCCUGAAUCUUUUUUUUUUAGUGGGUGGAAGAGAACAACUUGCUUAUAAAACAUCUCGUACGGAGAUGGCCGUAGAACUAAUUACUGACUCUGAAUGUUUAAAGUCCUUUAUCACCCCCCCCAGUAGUGAUGUAGUGAUGUAUGGAAUUGAGAGCUGGACCAUAAAGAAGGCUGAUCGCCGAAGAAUGGGUGCUUUUGAAUUCUGGUGCUGGAGGAGACUCUUGAGAGUCCCAUGGACUGCAAGAAGAUCAAAUGUAUCCAUUCUGAAGGAAAUCAGCCCUGAGUGCUCACUGGAAGGACAGAUCCUGAAGCUGAGGCUCCAAGACUUUGGCCACCUCACGAGAAGAGAAGACUCGCUGGAAAAGACCCUGAUGUUGGGAAAGAUGGAGGGCACAAGGAGAAGGGGACGGCAGAGGACGAGAUGGUGGGACAGUGUUCUGGAAGCUACCAGCAUGAGUUUGACCAAACUGCGGGAGGCAGUGGAAGACAGGAGUGCCUGGCGUGCUCUGGUCCAGGGGGUCACGAAGAGGCGGAUACGACUAAACGACUAAACAACAACAACAUCACCCCCCACCCCAAUGCUGGGCUGCUGUAUUUCACAAGCACAAUAAAUAGAAUAGCAGUUAGAGUGUGACGGGUCACUGCCUCUCAGCUUAACCUACCUCACAGGGUGGUUGGGGGUAUUAAAUGAAGAAGGGGAGAACCACAAACUCCACCUUGAGCUUACUUGGUGAAAGAGACAGGCGUGGUGACCUUAUCUCAUUUCCUCCAGCGGAAUAUCUGCCCUUGCCUUGAGGGCCUGUGCAUCUGGAUCAAAGAUGAUUCUUCACCCCCCUUUAUCCACCUUGAUAAAACACUGUGAGUUCCAGUCGUGGUUAGAGCAAGCCAGAUGUAGGGAGAGCCAGGUUCUGCCACAGAAUUCCUGAGGACCUUGGGCCUGUCUCCGUCUCUCGGCCUAGCCUACCUCUCAGGCUUUUUGUAAGGAUUGGAAAAGGGAGCAGGAGAGAACUCUGGUAGGGCUGCUUUGAGCUCUGUGUUCGAAAGGCGGCAUAAUGAAGUGUCAGAAAGGCGGCAUAAUGACAACAACAACAGGUAAAGGCCAACUCUGGGGUUGCGGCGCUCAUCUCGCUUUCUUGGCCGAGGGAGCCGGCGUGCAGCUUCCGGGUCAUGUGGCCAGCAUGACUAAGCCACUUCUGGCGAACCAGAGCAGCGCACGGAAACGCCGUUUACCUUCCUGCCAGAGUGGUACCUCUUUAUCUACUUGCACUUUGACGUGCUUUCGAACUGCUAGGUUGGCAGGAGCAGGGACCGAGCAACGGGAGCUCACCCCGUCGCGGGGAUUCGAACCGCCAACCUUCUGAUCGGCAAGUCCAAGGUCUGUGGUUUAACCCACAGCACCACCCGCGUCCAUAAUAAUAAUAAUAAUAAAUUUAUUAUUUAUACGCCGCCCCAUCUGGCUGGGUUUCCCCAGCCGCUCUGGGCGGCUCCCAGCAUAAUAUUAAAAACAGAAUAAAAUAUCAAACAUUAAAAGAUUCCCUAAACAGAACUGCAUUCAGAUGUCUUCUAAAAGUCAGAUAGUUGUUUAUUUCCUUGACAUCUGAUUGGAGGGCGUUCCACAGGGCGGGUGCCACCACCGAGAAGGCCCUCUACUGGUUCCCUGUAACCUCACUUCUCGCAGGGAGGGAACCGUCAGAAGGCCCUCGGAGCUGGACCUCAGUGUCCGGGCAGAACGAUGGGGGUGGAGACGCUCCUUCAGGGAUACUGGGCUGGGACCGCUUAGGGCUUUAAAGGUCAGCACCAACACUUUGGAUUGUACUCGGAAACGUAAAUAAAGAGAACUGAACUGCCAAUGACACGGAUCCCAAAGCGCUUCAAGUCUCGCCUUCUCGGGAGAGCCUCCUCCCAAGUAUACAUGAAAUCACCGCUCUCUGCUCCUUGUUUAAAAAAGCAACGUUCUCUUGGAUCGUGCUUACAGGGCGAGAUUGAGAACCAAAACAUGUGUUUCUCUGUGUAUACACUCACUCGCUUCAUUCCAGGAUCCUCAUUGCAGGAGGCGCCAGCCUCUGAGCUCAUCCCCAUUUAACUGCACAUGAAAGCUUGGCAUCCCGUCCGCUCCCCACCCUCCCGCCUGGGACAUAACUGUGGGAAAUGAGCUAUUUUUAGUGGAGCCUUUCCCACCGCAGAAAUCUGCAGCCACCACGAUUUCAGAAGGCAGAGCCGCCCCAGACACUUCGCUUAGUGACGGUGCAGACAAAGUAAUUCUAAACAGGCCGGCAGCUUUACUCGUAGGACGACAGUCAUUUGGGCCCUAGGCGCAGUUCAGUUCCAGGACCUUUUAAGUCGCGCUUUGGACAUGUUUUUAAUCUUCUGUGCUCGGCUGAGUUUUGUGGCCUCGCAGGCGCUUAAUUCCAGUUCUUUGUUUUCUGUAUGUCCUGUAGCAUCUUGCAGGCCACCAAACCUUGUCCUUCCAAAUUACCGUAUUGGCCCAAAUAUAAGCCACACCCAAAUAUAAGCCACACCUUUAAAAUUCAUAGGGGUCGGGGAGGAAAAAAGACCAUACGGAACAUAAGCCGCUCUCUUAAAAUUCCUCAGGCCCUCGCACCCAUUCCGUUUUGCCGUAUGUCUGUUUCAGCAGCAAUAUCGCAAAAGCCGAUUUUUGUAAGGUUGCGAAUUUAAGCUGCACUUUAAGUUUUCAUGGUUGGAAUUUUUUGGGGGGUGGGGAGUGAGGCUUAUAUUCAGGCCAAUACGGUACUUUGCUGUAGGUGAUGCAGCAAGGUGAUGCAGAGAUCACAUGGACAGCGGAGACAAGCAAGUUGGUAUGUUUUGAGUGUGGAACAAUAGGGAGAUUCCUUUAUUCCAGCGGAUCUCAACCUGUGGGUCCCCAGAUGCUGUUGGACUGCAACUCCCAUCAUCCCUGAGCUCUGUACUUGCUAGCUAGGGGUGAUGGGAGUUGUAGUUCAACAACAUCUGGAGACCCACAGCUUGAGAAAGGCUGCUUUAUUAGGACAGUUGGACACCAACUGCCAGAACAAGGUAAUAAGGUAAUAACCUCCAUCGUUCUACCCGGACACUGAGGUCCAGCGCCAAGGGCCUUCCGGUGGUUCCCUCACUGCUAGAAGCCAAGUUACAGGGAACCAGGCAGAGGGCCUUCUCGGUAGUGGCACCCGCCCUGUGGAACGCCCUCCCACCAGAUGUCAAAGAGAACAACAACUACCAGACUUUUAGAAGACAUCUGAAGGCAGCCCUGUUUAGGGAAGCUUUUAAUGUUUGGUGUAUUACGGUAUUUUAAUAUUUUAAAAUACCAGAUGGGCGGGGUAUAAAUAAUAAAUUAUUAUUAUUAUUAUUAUUAUUAUUAUUAUUAUUCCUUUCAGAUGUUUGCUGCCUUAACGCAAAUUGUAUUGUUAACCUCUCGGCCCAGCCAUCGUCAGCCCAGUGCAGUAUAGCUGUUCUGUAUUAAAAUUCCCUUCAGUCCAGAGCAGCUGGGCAUCACCAGGUUGACGAAGGCUCCAGGCAACACGGUUUGUUUCCCAAAGAACCUCCACCGUUCUGGCUUUGACUCGGAGGCAGUUCUGGCAGAAAAUUGGGCAGCUGGGCCAUGUUCCUGCAAUUCUGGAACUUUUUUUCUUUCUGCAGUCCAAAAAGUGAUGCUCCCUUCCGGAUUAGUCUUGCCUGGGCAACAGCUGGAUUUGAUGAAAGGGCAGCACAUGGCUUUCAAUGGCCAUUUGCCGUAUCCAGUUGCAGCUGCCUCCUUUUUAUUUUUGCUCCCAAAUGUGCAGAAAUAGGUGGAUAAAAAUAUACCCAUAACCAGGCGCUUAAUCCAGAAUGGCUGCAAUGGGGCGUGACUGUUGUUGGCUGACACAGCUUCCCCCUCUCUGCCAUCCUACAAACACAAUUGUUGCAUGGUGCAGCAACGGUAAGGUGUGACUGGCCUUCCUGUGCUGAUCUUCUUCAUCCUCAAAACAGGCAGCCUGUUGCUUUCCUUUUUAAUGUUAGGACGGUUUGUGGAGUGGCACGACCAGAGCAUCUUAAGGUCCAUAAAUAGCAACACCCUAGAGGUCCCGGGUCCUAAGGAAGUCAGAUUAGCCUCAACCAGAGCCAGGGCCUUUUCAACACUGGCUCCGGCCUGGUGGAACGCUCUGUCUCAUGAGACCAGGGCCCUGCGGGAUCUUAUUUCUUUCCGCAGGGCCUGUAAGACAGAGUUGUUCCGCCUGGCCUUUGGCUUGGAAUCAAUUUGAUUCCCUCCCCCUCUUUCUUUUUUCCUUUCUCCUUCUGUGAUGGAACUCCUUCUUGGGGACUUCCCUGGCUUUUUUCUGGCCCAUGUAGGACCAGUCUGGAAAGUUAGCCUUGGUGAAGACUUGACGUUUUCAUCCCCAAAAAAGUUUUUGAUUGAGUUUCCAUUGAAAAGAGGCUGCGUUUUAAUGUUUUAAUGUUGUAUUUUAAAUUUGUUUUUUAAGCUGUAUUCUAAUAAAUUGUAUUUAUAUUUGGUGUUAGCUGCCCUGAGCCUGGUCUCGGCUGGGGAGCGCGGGGUAUAAAUAAAAAUUGAUUAUUAUUAUUAUUAUCUCUCAAGCUCUGGUGCCAAGAUGUGUGGGAUAGCAUGGGAACCCUGGGUCAAGCGAGAGUGAUUUGGGCAUGUCUGAAUGGCACAGCAGGAAGGACGAUCUAAAAGGCCGCCAUCUUGUUCUGGCUCCUUGGCUGUCCGCUUUAUGGCUUAAACUGGACAACUUGAGAUUUUCUUUUCCAAUAAAACAGUCAAAGGACAUAGCAUGGCCUUCUCCAGCCUGGCUCCCUCUAGGUCAGGCAUCCCCAACCUGUGGCCCUCCAGAUGUUUUGGGACUACAACUCCCCUGAUCCCUAGCUAACAGGACCAGUGGUCAGGGAUGAUGGGAAUUGUAGUCGAAAACAUCUGGAGGGCUGAAGGUUGGGGAUGCUUCUCUAGGUCCUGGUAGGUAGGGAUGAUGGGAGUUGUAGUCCAACAACAGCUGGAGGGCCAAGGUUGGGAAACCCUGCUCUGUGUUUUUUUGGACUACAACUCCCAUCAGCCUUAGCAAGCUCAGCUGUAUGAUACUGGGGGUUAUAAUGCAAAACACCUGGAUGUGGGGGCAGGAGGCUGAUUUGGGAGAGCUGCCUGGAUCACCCAGUUUCUCAAUUUAUCACCCAUGAAUUCUUAUUAGGAAGCAAGCUCCCUCUGUUGUUGUUUAGUCGUGUCCGACUCUUCGUGACCCCCUGGACCAGAGCACGCCAGGCACUCCUGUCUCCCACUGCCUCCCGCAGUUUGGUCAAACUCAUGCUGGUAGCUUCGAGAACACUAUCCAACCAUCUCAUCCUCUGUCGAUCCCCUUCUCCUUGUGCCCUCCAUCUUUCCCAACAUCAGGGUCUUUUCCAGGGAGUCUUCUCUUCUCAUGAGGUAGCCAAAGUAUUGGAGCCUCAGCUUCAGGAUCUGUCCUUCCAGUGAGCACUCAGGGCUGAUUUCCUUCAGAAUGGAGAGGUUUGAUCUCCUUGCAGUCCAUGGGACUCUCAAGAGUCUCCUCCAGCACCAGAAUUCAAAAGCAUCCAUUCUCCGGCGAUCAGCCUUCUUUAUGGUCCAGCUCUCACUUCCAUACAUCACUACUGGGAAAACCAGAGCUUUAACUAUACGGACCUUUGUUGGCAAGGUGAUGUCUCUGUAGAUUUGCUCAGGGGAUCAUGCAGUAGGUCUUGAAGAGAAGGCAUGAGGCGCAGGCCUGGGAAGUAGGAACAGCUCUGCAUCUGCUGAGUGUUCCUGAUCCACAUUUCCUCUGAGUGGAUUACUGCAGAGAUGGCUUAAAAGCCAUGCCUUUGUACUCCCAAACCAUAAAGAAAUCCUCUGCGGACAAGCUUACAGCUGAGCCUGAUGGCAUAUGUCUUCUCAAUAGCCCUGCAUGGGUCUUAAAAUUAAUUUAGCAAUUCCCCAAGUGCCCUUGGCUUAAGCGCGGAAAUCUGCUCUGCAGCAGUCGAUGGGUAAAUGAGGCCUGUUAGAGAGCAGGGGGGCGGUUCCUGAGCCUCCUGCCAGAGUGGGCGGGGCUCUUUCCAAAAGUAGGGGCAUGGCAGCAAGCCCCACCCACCUGGGUUGCAAUACAAGGGGAGCGGUGAGGAAUUUGGGCGCUCCCCCUCAUCUUCAGAACAAUAGUGUGGCAUUGGCUUGCAAUGCAUAUCUCUCAGAAUUUUAACUGAAAUUUGCUCCGGAAGUCUUCUUGGAACCACGCAACAUAGUUCAUGCAAGGACCGUAAUAUCUCUAUUCCAUGUUGUGUGCUGCCAGACCUCUUUCCCUCCGCAGAAAGACCUCUUUCCCUCCUUUUCCAUUGCUUGUCACCAGAUAUAUAUAUAUAUAUUAUUAUAAACAGCGCCUUAACCCAGAUGGCUGACACCUGCUUCUUUGACAACUCACCGCAGAUGGAUGGAGCAGAUAAAUGGGGGAAGAACAGAAGGCCAAAAUUAACAAAAAACACACAACAAAGCAAGCCUGGUUUCUUGCACACCAGCUGCCUUGCCGUUUUCAAAGACCAGCACGUUCUGAAACGCGUGGAAAAUUCCCUACCUUCUGGAAAUGUCUGUGGACGUUAUGCAUCAGUCGGAAACGAGAGUACACUGAGCAUCGAUGCCAGGGUAAAAAUUGUCAGCGUGAUUCAUCUGUUCUGAAAGUGGGGAAUUGUGGAAGGUCUGUGUUUGAAUCUUCUCUUGGACUGUGAGGCUCAGUGGAUGACUUCGGGCCCUUAGUCUCUCACACACAGGCUGUCCUACCUUGCAAGGAUCGCUGUGAGGUACCACAUUAUCCGUGAAUGUCACGCUGAAGAGCAGGAGGCAGCGAAGCCAGCAGCCUCGGACCCAGCACUGCUUGGGAAUUCCAAGAAUCCAAAAAAUUCUGUGCUGUUUUGAAAUCGGGGCUUUAAAUCAGAGCAGUUUUGAAAGGCUCAGCCCGCCCUCUUGAUUCAAAACGGUCUGCAAACAUUGACGAAAACCUGGAACUUGAGAAACGCCGUGCAAAACUUGGUUCAGCUAAUUUACGAGGUGUCCAAGUGCUUAGAGAACAGGCAAACAACUUUCCAAAACUUGGUAGAUUAGCAGAGAGUGCUUCGCGUUUUGUUUAUUUUAAAAAACCCUCGAAAGAAUGUUGUUGUUGUUGUUUAGUUGUGUCCGAGUCUUCGUGACCCCCUGGACCAGAGCACGCCAGGCACUUCUGUCUUCCACUACCUCCCGCAGUUUAGUCAAACUCAUGCUGGUAGCUUCGAGAACACUGUCCAACCAUCUCGUCCUCUGUCAUCCCCUUCUCCUUGCGCCCUCCAUCUUUCCCAACAUCAGGGUCUUUUCCAGGGAGUCUUCUCUUCUCAUGAGGUGGCCAAAGUCUUGGAGCCUCAGCUUCAGGAUCUGUCCUUCCAGUGAGCACUCAGGGCUGAUUUCCUUCAGAAUGGAGAGGUUUGAUCUUCUUGCAGUCCAUUGGACUCUCAAGAGUCUCCUCCAGCACCAGAAUUCAAAAGCAUCCAUUCUUCGGCGAUCAGCCUUCUUUAUGGUCCGGCUCUCACUUCCAUACAUCACUACUGGGAAAACCAUAGCUUUAACUAUACGGACCUUUGUUGGCAAGGUGAUGUCUCUGCUUUUUAAGAUGCUGUCUAGGUUUGUCAUUGCUUUUCUCCCAAGCUCCAAAGAAUAGUGAGGUUUAUAAAUGGAUAGUGUAAUUUGUUGGUUUCUAAGGUUGUGCAAGCCUCGCCCCUGGAAACCAGACCCAGGGCCCUGAUCCCAGCACUGGCUGGGGCAGAUGGGAGUCUCAGUCCAAAGCCUUGGGAGAGCUGCCAAGGCGGCGAAGGCUGCUUGCUGUGCAGCACAAAGCAAAUAAAUAAGAGACAGAACAAGACGGAAGCAGGUAAAACUAUUUGAACAGACAAAACUGGCUGGUAACGCACGGGAAGACUUUUUCCUAGCCUUUACUGUGGUUAGGGAGGAAGUUAAUCUGCUUGCGAGCCAAUUAGCAGGAGUGCAGGCUUUGUGCUUGUUAUAAGAAGAAACAGCUCCUUUCCCUUACAGGUUACCCAAGAGCCCAUAUAGAGUUCUUUUGUAGGUUCCUUAUCGGUAGGAGAAAAUAACAGAGGCCAACCAGAGAAUAUUGAGAAGCAAAGCAGCUCGUAAGCCUGAUCUUUAUGGUUCUGUUGCAACAAGGAGCUCACAGCCACACGCAGGAGGCAGGAGGGACCUCAAACAAUGGCGUGCAAACCCUUAUACAGUGGAACCUCAGCUUGCAAACGUGAUCCGUGUGGAAGGCACGUUGGCAACCCGCAGUGCCUCGUCUGCGCACACGCGGGGCGCGAUUCAGCACUCCUGCGCAUGCACAAGGCAUGAUUUAGUGCUUCUGGGCGAGCGCCGAAACCCAGAAGUAACCUGUUCCGGUAGUUCCGGGUUCGGCGUGGUGCACAAUCCGAAAUCACAUAACCUGAAGUGUCUGUAACCCGAGGUACCACUGUAUAGACAUCUGGAGUUGCCCACCCUGGAGCCCAAGACCACCCCUCCCAUACAUCAUACAUAGAGAAGGGGCAGUCUACAACAGAAUCCUGUCUGGCAGGAAACCUGUUGAUGGGUUUAAAGGUAAAGGGACCCCUGACCUUUAGGUCCAGUUGCGGAUGACUCUGGGGUUGUGGCGCUCAUCUCGCUUUAGAGGCCGAGGGAGCUGACGUUCAGCUUCCGGGUCAUGUGGCCAGCAUGACUAAGCCGCUUCUGGCAAACCAGAGCAGCACACGGAAACGCUGUUUACCUUCCCACCAGAGUGGUACCUAUUUAUCUACUUGCACUUUGACGUGCUUUCAAACUGCUAGGUGGGCAGGAGCAGGGACCGAGCAACGGGAGCUCACCCCGUCGCGGGGAUUUGAACCACCAACCUUCUGAUCAGCGAGUUCUAGACUCUGUGGUUUAGACCACAGUGCCACCCAGUUAAUGGGUUUACCUGGCUGUUAAUGGGUUUACCUGGACAGCCUUGCUAUUCUUUUGUGAUGAGAAAUAUUUAAUUCCCGAGUCCAGGUCACAGGCUCGCCCUAUUCAUAUCUUAAAUGUGCCCUUAAGGCAGGAUUUGUGAGCAAAGAGACAAUGGGGAGGUUUUUCUCAUUUCCUCCCUCCUUGCAGAGAAACAUUUGAGGUCAGUUUGGAGGAGACAAAAUGGUUUCAGGUCUUUUUCCUGUACUGUUUCAGACAUGCGGUUUAUAUAUUUAUGUAUGUUUUUGCUCAGUACAUUUAUUUUGUAUCUUAGACCUUACAAUUUUCAUAACAAGCUCUUCUUGUGUGCGCCAAAGCCCAUUAGCGUUAAAGAAGAGCAAGUGCACAGUCCUGGUGCAAAUGUUUGUGUGCAUUCACACUGACACACAGCCCUUGUUCUGGACGGUUGACGGAGUUGGCAAAAGUUUGUUCUGCAUUACGUUUCAAGCCGCAGUCUCUGUGGCAGGGAUUCCACCUUCUGCCUCAUCCGCAGAACGGUUCACUUUCCCUCCGAAAGACCUAAUAAAUCUGGAGGUGAAGGAAAGCUCUCCUUGCAGGACUAAGUCAGGGUUCAGGGAUUCCCCCAACCCCUGUGACUGGAACAAGCGAGGCAGACCUAAAAAUAGCACUCGAGGAAAAUUCCUUUCCUUUUCCCUUGAAUGUAAGCCGACGAAGCUGAUGUAAACAUAAAAAUGAAAGCUUGCAGCCAUCUGGACUUGAGGAGAGCGGGUAGGUUGCUUUUGAUGUACGCCAGGAAGGAGUUGGCCGCCCCCCAUGUUCAAGCAAAACUGACCCAGCUCCUGAAGCAGGCAUUUCUUUCUUUUUCUUUUUUUAAAUGAUAUUUAUUAAAAUUUCAAAGGAUACAAAAAUUACACAAAAACAAAAAGUAAAAAUACAAAAAGUAAAAAUACAAGAAAAUAAAAAAUACAGAAAAAAGAAUAAAAACAAAACAAAACAAGUUCAUUAUUUUCAGACCCUUAACUGUCAUUGCCUUCUUUCUUAGACCUCCUCCUCCUCCCUUCCUUUGUAUUCUAGUUAUUAAUUAUCCCAGCAAGUCCUUUCCUUUCCAUGUUUCAUAAAAUUCUAUCAUUACAUUACCCUCGACUAAUUUAAUCCUAUCUUUCUAUAAUGAUAUAAACCUUAAAGUUUAAAACUUAAGUCUUGACCUUACCAGCUUCUUAUAAUCAUAAUAUUCUUUCAUAAUUCUUUAUGCAUCUUUACUAAAGCCAGGUAAUUUCUUCCAACAUUUUUCUAUCAUUCAUCAACUUUGUGAAACAUUCUAAUAAUAAAGAAAGAGAAAAAAGCAGGCAUUUCCCCACAGGCUGGGAGUCAGCUACUGGGCUUGGUGCGUAUGCGAAUCUCCACGGGCCUCGUGGUAAAAAGGUAAAGGUUAAUAAUAAUAAUAAUAAUAAUAAUAAUAAUAAUAUUACAUUUUUAUUUAUAUCCCGCCCUCCCCAGCCGAAGCCGGGCUCAGAGCGGCUAACAACAAUACAGUGGUACCUCGGGUUAUAGACGCUUCAGGUUACAGACUCUGCUAACACAGAAAUAGUACCUCGGGUUAAGAACUUUGCUUCAGGAUGAGAACAGAAACCGUGCUCCGGCGGCGCGGCAGCAGCAGGAGGCCCCAUUAGCUAAAGUGGUGCUUCAGGUUAAGAACAGUUUCAGGUUAAGAACAGACCUCUGGAACAAAUUAAGUUCUUAACCCGAGGUACCACUGCAGAAGCAACACAGUUCACAUAAAAUCACAAUCGAUCAAUUGAAAUGCAUUCUAAAAUCAGUUCAUUCAUAAAGGACUGCUGACAGUUAAGUCCACUCGCAGACGACUCUGGGGUUGUGGCGCUCAUCUUGCUUUACAGGCCGAGGGAGCCGGCGUUUGUCCACUUCCGCAGUUUUUCCGGGUCAUGUGGCCAGCAUGACUAAACUGCUUCUGGCGAACCAGAGCAGUGCACGGAAACGCCAUUUACCUUCCCGCCGGAGCGGUACCUAUUUAUCUGCUUGCACAUUGACGUGCUUUUGAACUGCUAGGUUGGCAGCAGCAGGGACAGAGCAACGGGAGCUCACCCCGUCACGGGGAUUUGAACCGCCGACCUGUCAAGCAAUGCAGUUGAGAUUCUAGAAUUGUAGCCUUGAAAGAGGGUCCUCUCGUGCAACCCUCUGGCCAAUAGACAUUACGCUGUGGCGACCGUAACCUAGGAUUUGGCACCUAGCUUAUACAUCUGAGUUUCCAACACUGUUUAUAAGACGUCUGUUUAAACUCAAAUUCCGUCUGCAUCUGUACUGGAUUUGAAACUGUUUUGCACACGGGAUUGUUUCCUGUUGUUGAUGUUUUUGCAGCGAAAGCGCUUCCAGGUAUUUUGGGAAUCGGAUAAAUAAGUAGCACACCUGCAACUGCACGCACUUAACACGCCCGAGAGCCAACCCUGUUUUAAUGUUUUAAAAUAAUGUCAGGGAGAGGAAGGAGGAGGGACCAAUGUUUGCAUCUGGAGCCUCGGGGCCUGGCUGUGUGCUGUUUAAGAAAAAAACCCACCUCCCUCCCAGAUUCACGGACCUUGCAGGAGUGGAACAAAAGAGGCAUGACAUGACCAGCAGGGGCAUCAAAGCUUUGACAGUCUCUGCCCUGGCAUUCCAGGAAGCAAAAGCCUGAAGCAAAAAAGACAGCUUUAUUCAGAAUCCCGAAGGAAGCUUUCCCCACCCUUCUGGCAUGUUUGUUUUGGAGGGGAGAAACUGAGUUUGAGAAGCUGGACAUUGGAGGAAAACUUUUUUCGAGAAGCUCCUUGCAUCUUCUUAGCCUCACUGUAACAGUUUGUGUUUCAAAUUUCUGCAAGCGAAUUAUUUAAUACCUAUGACAAUUUAAGUUGUUGUUUUUUUAAAGUGGCAGAGAGUUGUUGUUUAGUCGUGUCCGACUCUUCGUGACCCCCUGGACCAGAUCACGCCAGGCACUCCUGUCUUCCGCUGCCUCCCGCAGUUUGGUCAAACUCAUGCUGGUCUCUUCGAGAACACUGUCCAACCAUCUUGUCCUCUGUCGUCCCCUUCUCCUUGUGCCCUCCAUCUUUCCCAACAUCAGGGUCUUUUCCAGGGAGUCUUCUCUUCUCAUGAGGUGGCCAAAGUCUUGGAGCCUCAGCUUCAGGAUCUAUCCUUCCAGUGAGCACUCAGGGCUGAUUUCCUUCAGAGUGGAGAGGUUUGAUCUUCUUGCAGUCCAUGGGACUCUCAAGAGUCUCCUCCAGCACCAGAAUUCAAAAGCAUCCAUUCUUUGGCGAUCAGCCUUCUUUAUGGUCCAGCUCUCACUUCCAUACAUCGCUACUGGGAAAACCAUAGCUUUAACUAUACAGACCUUUGUUGGCAAGGUGAUGUCUCUGCUUUUUAAGAUGCGGUCUAGGUUUGUCAUUGCAGACAGUUAGCGCCCAUCAAAUCUGAACUCUUACGUUACACCGGUGAGAUCUUGUCAGGAGGUUGUAACAAAAACGGGUGAGCAAAUGGCACCCGCACAUCAAAAUAUGCAGGUGCAUAGCAUGUUAAGGAAAUCUUGGGUCAUCUGAAGAGCGAGAGAAGCAGGUGCAUUGCAGAGGGUUGGACUGGAUGACCUUUGGGUUCCCUUCGAACUCUACAAUUCUAUGAUUCUAGGGAAGCCUGCCUUGAUGGGUUGGAGAGCCCCACAGCAGGUGAGCCUCUUUGCCCCUCUUUCGGUUGCUAGUCCACCCCACCCCCCCGUGGGACUUUCUACUUUUUCGCCCACAGCCGCCUCUCAGCCCUGAGUGAGCCAAGCAGGAGGAAGCUGUGGUCUCCCUGCGUCCUGUGCGCCUUCUUGCUCAAGAGCAGAAGCUGACAGUUGUGCCUCGCCCUUCGGCAACGGCAGCCAUUAGCCGGCAACCCGGAGGAGCCCAGUAGGGUGGGUGGAGUGCAGUGGGACCCUUUUGAAUUCGAGGCAGCCUUCUCAAACCCUCCCUCUGAAGAACUGGAUGCUUCAUGGAGAAUGAGGUAGGAAUCUGCGGUUCCGUGUCCUGAUAGCCUCCCAGUAGUUCUAAUAUAGUGGUACCUCAGGUUACAUACACUUCAGGUUACAUACGCUUCAGGUUACAGACUCCGCUAACCCAGAAAUAGUGCUUCAGGUUAAGAACUUUGCUUCAGGAUGAGAACAGAAAUUGUGCUCCAGCGGCACGGCAGCAGCAGGAGGCCCCAUUAGCUAAAGUGGUGCUUCAGGUUAAGAACAGUUUCAGGUGAAGAACGGACCUCCGGAAGGAAUUAAGUACUUAACCCGAGGUACCACUGUAAAGCUCUUCCAGUAAGCAAAGCUUCCCUCUCUCUCUAUUUAUCCCUAAAACACCUCCCUUUCACCUCUGCACGUGCUCAGGGGCACCCGGGUUCUCAGCCCUACCUCUCCGUCUUCUGUCUUGUCUGCCCAGCGGUUUUAUCCCCUUCCAGUGUCCGUCAAACCAUCUCUCUCUACUACCUCUUUUUUGGGGGGAGGGGGGACUUUGCACCAUGAGCUACUUGGCAAAUAAAUAAAACAGAACCUCCCACCUUUUGGGGGGAUCUCCAGAACUUGCCUGUGGGUUUUUUCCACAUCUCUGUGCGCAGGAGAAAGGUGCGCGGAAGCCGCCAAGGGGGCAGAUGUGUGGAAAUGUUUCUUGAGCUUGCGAAUUGGUGGGUCAGCCGAGAAACAUUCCCAACCCAAUGUCUUCUCUGUGUCUUGGAAGGAAUGUUGGUUCAUAUAACGCCAAUCCUGCCCUGACGGCUGCCAGUUAGUUUCCAGGCCCAAAUCAAAGUGCUGGUUUUGACCUAUAAAGCCUUAAAGGGCUUGGGACCCCAAUACCUGAAGGACCCCCUCUCUCCAGAUGAACUGACCCGGCCCCUGCCCUCCUCCUGCAAGGCCCUUUCUCGUGUGUCCUCCCCACAAGAGGUCGGGGGGUGGGUGGGCAAAAGAAGAGCAAGGCCUUUUCUGCAGUGGCUCCCCAUUUGGAGUGUUCUCCCAUUAUAUAUAUUUUAGGCACCAAGCGAAAAUGUUCCUCUUCCACCAGGCCUUUAGCUGAUUGACAUCCAGUGCCCUUUAAAAUGUGUUGUGGAAGAGGAGAUUAUUGGUUUGCUUCUGUUCUUUUUAUUAUGUAUUUGGUGGUUUUUUAAAUAUUGCAAGUUUAUGUUACGAGCUGCCCUGAGAUCUAUGGGUAUAGUGUGGUGUACAAACUUAAACAAACAAUAAGUUUCUGUUCUCAACAGCUGCUAUAUAUCUCUUGGGUAAUUCAGUGGAGCAUCUAGAGAUUCCAGGGUCUCUUUUUGAGCUGUUUGCCAACCAGGCAGGUGUACCUUUUGUGGGUAGCUUUUUCCAGUUUUCUACCCAUUUUGUUCCAGCUCUGUACCUGUUUUGUGAGCAGCUGCAUUCCUCCCAUCUCCCCUCCUCACCACCACCCCCCAAACCCGCUUCGCUCUAUAUUGCCCGAUAAUAGCAAGCGUGUCUUCCCGGGUCGCAUAGCAGCCACAAAGGCUUCCUUGUUGUCCAAUUUGAAAGGCUCCCUUGGUGAUUGUUGUGGCUAGGCACCGGGAUCUGCGGGAGGGCUCUGCAAAGAAUGGCAAGCUGAGCCCACCCCCUGGCAGCGCUGGGGUGGCACGGCUACAGCCCCACCCACUUUGGCCAGCAAGCCUUGCCCAGGACAGCAAGCUGGCCUCAUCAGCCCUUUGUGGCUUAGGGCCCUCGUAUUUACAGGACCGCCUCUCCUGGUCUGCCCCGCAGAGGACCUUAAGGUCCAUGAAUAAUCAUAGUUUAGAGGUCCUGGGCCCUAAGGAAGCCAGAUUAUCCUCCGCCAGGGCCUUCUCAGUGAUGGCCCCAACCUGGUGGAAUGCUCUGUCCCAUGAGACCAGGGCCCUGCAGGAUUUAACCUCCUUCCGCAGGGCCUGUAAGACAGAGCUAUUCUGCCUGGCUUUCAAUUUGAACUUAGCCUGAUCUCUUAUUCCCCUUCCUUCCUUCCGUCCCCCUCACCUUUUUAUGAAGAUUACCCGCUCUGGGAUCCCACAGCUAAUUCUCCCCUGGUCUCCUCGCUGGCCCAAAUAGGACCAAUUUAGCCAGCUAGCCCUGGUGAUCGUCUGAUGUUUAUUGGAUGGAUUUUCCCCUUAAAUUGAUUUUUGAAUUCUGAAUUUAUUAUUAUUCACAUUUUAUACUGUAUUUUAUGCUGUUUUUUGUUGCAUCAAUUAAGUGUUUUAAAUUUGUUGUUGGCUGUCCUGAGCCCGGUUUUCUGAACCGGAAAGGGCGGGGUAUAAAUAAAAAAUUAUUUAUUAUCAGGCCAGAUGUGGAUGGCUUCCCCUCAAGAGCGUUGGGGCUGCCUACUUCUGCAUUUCUUUACGGAAGGGUGGAGCUGCUUGCAAGCCUUUAUUUGCUUUCUUGCAGGCGUGGGCAACCUGUGGACCUCUGGAGGCUUGCCGAACUGCACCUCCCAUCAUUCCUGGCCAUUGGCCAUGCUUGCUGGGGAUGAUGGGAGUUGUAGUUCAGCAAACCUAGUAGUUCUGGGCUGCAUCAAUAGGAGUAUAGCAUCUAGAUCAAGGGAAGUAAUAGUGCCACUGUAUUCUGCUCUGGUCAGACCUCACCUGGAGUACUGUGUCCAGUUCUGGGCACCACAGUUCAAGAAGCACACUGACAAACUGGAACGUGUCCAGAGGAGGGCAACCAAAAUGGUCAAAGGCCUGGAAACGAUGCCUUAUGAGGAACGGCUAAGGGAGCUGGGCAUGUUUAGCCUGAGGAGGGGGGGUUAAGAGGUGAUAUGAUAGCCAUGUUCAAAUAUAUAAAAGGAUGUCACAUAGAGGAGGGAGAAAGGUUGUUUUCUGCUGCUCCAGAGAAGAGGACACGGAGCAAUGGAUCCAAACUACAAGAAAGAAGAUUCCACCUAAACAUUAGGAAGAACUUCCUGACAGUAAGAGCUGUUCAACAGUGGAAUUUGCUGCCAAGGAGUGUGGUGGAGUCUCCUUCUUUGGAGGUCUUUAAGCAGAGGCUUGACAACCAUAUGUCAGGAGUGCUCUGAUGGUGUUUCCUGCUUGGCAGGGGGUUGGACUCGAUGGCCCUUGUGGUCUCUUCCAACUCUAUGAUUCUAUGAUUAAACCUCCAGAGGCUCCCCUGACCCUGCAUUGCUUGCCAGACUCGCUCAAAUGGUUUCCGGCCCCAUCAUAAAAAGGUAAAGGGACCCCUGACCAUUACGUCCAGUCGUGGCCGACUCUGGGGUUGCGGUGCUCAUCUCGCUUUCUUGGCAGAGGGAGCCGGUGUACAGCUUCCGGAUCAUGUGGCCAGCAGGACUAAGCCGCUUCUGGCGAACCAGAGCAGCGCACGGAAACGCCGUUUACCUUCCCGCCGAAGCGGUACCUAUUUAUCUACUUGCACUUUGACUUGCUUUCGACCUGCUAGGUUGGCAGGAGCAGGGACCGAGCAACGGGAGCUCACCCCGUCGCGGGGAUUCUAUCCGCUGACCUUCUGAUCGGCAAGUCCUAGGCUCUGUGGUUUAACCCACAGCGCCACCCGCGUACCUUAUCAUAGGUAGAAUCGUAUCUCCUGGCUUUCCUCAGCCGCUUUUGAAUCACAACCACAGCAGAGCCGCCAUGCGUAGAUUGCAGUCUGAAGGGCACUGGGUUGCGGGAGGCAGAAGCAGUAGCUACCUGGGGCUCCUGGCAGACCUCUUUGGUCCAUCUGCUUCAAGUUCCCGGCUGGGAAAAGUCUCCACUCUGCAGCCUCCUUCUAGCUAUAACAAGACUCGAACCUGCUGCUGCAGCUUCCUACACUGUUGCUGAUGUUCCUGAGAGCUAGAAUGUCAGGAGUGCGUGCAGGAGCCAGGCCCUGUGACCAAUAGGACUUUGCAGGACUGAGGCCUUCCUAAGUUUGUUCUGGAGAGGCAAGGCGCGUCCGCACAGGUGAGGCCGAUUGGUAACUCACAGCACCUGGUGGCAAGAGCCGGGAAGGGAUAUAAGGUCAGCAUUUCCCUUUGGCUCUUUGCCACAGCAAUACGCUCCCUGCCUUGCUGCGUUUGGCUUCUUGCUUCCUGAUCCUUGAAACUCUGCUUCUUGACUCCUUUGACCCCUGAUGAUGAUUAUAUUUAUACCCCACCCACUCUGGGCGGUCCCCAACAUAAUAUUAAAAACACGAUAAAACAUCAAACAUUAAAAACUUCCCUAAACAGGGCUGCCUUCAAAUGUCUUCUAAAAGUUAUUUAUCUCCUUGACAUCUUAUGGGAGGGCAUUCCACAGGGUGGGCGUCACCACCAAGAAGGCCCUCUCCCUGGUUCCCUGUAGCUUCACUUCUCUCAGGGAGGGAACCACCAGGAGGCCCUCGGCGCUGGACCUCAGCGUCCGGGCAGAGCGAUGGGGGUGGAGACGCUCCUUCAGGUAUACUGGACCGAGGCCGUUUAGGGCUUUCAAGGUCAGCACCAAAACUUUGAAUUGUGCCCAGAAACGUACUGGGAGCCAAUGUAGGUCUUUCAGGACUGGUGUUAUAUGGUCUUGGCAGCCAUUCCCAGUCACCAGUCUAGCUGCUGCAUUCUGGAAUGCUUGACGUCCACCUCUUUUUCUCUUACUAUAACAAGUUCUUACAGGGUGGAGGUUUUUUUGGGGGGUGCUCAUUGAUCUAACUUUGCCACUGGAGGCGCAGGUUGCCACCACGGUGCAGAGUGCCUUUCAGCAGUUUUUGACUAGGAGAGCUAAACCUUCAGAUUAGACUACUGCCGUGCGUUAUACAUGGGGCUGCCUUUGAAGACUGCUCAGAAACUGCAGCCAAUCCAAAAUACAGCUGUGAACACUGGAACUGUGAGGUGGUCCAUCUUUUGCAGGGUUGUGGCAGUGGGCUAGAUCACAUUCUGCUUGUGCCUGUUCUGUCGAUGGGGUUCUUCUGAAACGUACUGAAGUCUUACCAAUAAACCAGCAAAAGUCUGAUUACUGAGGAAGAGUGGAAAUGACUGUUUGUGCAUGCCAAGUCUGCCUGCUCCUGUAAUGUGUACGAGGUGGUCUUUACAGCUGCCCAAUGAAUACCCUAUACAGUGGGUGCUUGGGUUGCGAACGUGAUCCGUGCAGGAUGCACGUUCGCAACCUGCAGCGUCCGCAACCCGCAGCGGCGCGUCUGCACAUGCGCGGGUUGCAAUUCGGUGCAUGCGCAAAGCACGGUUUAGUGCUUCUGCGCAUGCGCGACCGCCCAAACCCAGAAGUAACCUGUUCUGGUACUUCCAGGUUUCAGUGGUCCAUAACCUGAAAAAGCACAACCUGAAGCAUCUGUAACCCGAGGUAUGACUGCAAUUGCUUGUACGUAGGGAACUUAACAAAAAUACCACCAUUGGAAAGGCAUGGAAUUAGUUCAGGGUCAGUUUGCCUUUUUAGUGGUGGGGAGGCCCGGCCCGGCCACACCAGAAGCCCAUGCUGUUGCUUGGGGUCCCAGCAGCAGUAUCCUUUUGCCCCAGAAUCCCUUGUAGUGUCACAGCCAAUGAUCUCUGAUGUUUCAAAAGAUCUAUUCUCUCUUCUCCUUCGAUCUUGCAAGGUAGAGCAGCAGGAGACCUAGACCAGUGUGGUUUCCAGCUGGGGUUGGUUGGGGUGAGGGUUGUUAAAGGAAAGUACCCUGCUGCCUAUAAUUCUUUUUUAGCUAAUAAAGCUCUGCACCUGGCGGAGAACCAGCCAUUCAUUUGGGGGGAAAGUUAUAUAGGAACAGGUGAAUAAUGAGCCCUUUCAAAAAGCAGGGCGAAGCAAGCUGCAAUUAAUAUAAUGGCUGCUCAGCUCAUUGAAACUGGGAACACACUGCUCUGUUCCGUCUCUUUUUUGUCCCUCCUCCAUCAAAAAAUAGCUACCUUAAUUGAUUCAUAUCUGACAGACAGUGCUCCGCUUUGGCACGAACAAGGUAGCGCUGUGGGCAUAGCAGUCAGGUCGGCCAAGUACUGAUCCUAAAGUGUCUCUCUCUCUCUUUUCCUCCCACCCCUUUCUGCCCCCCAGCCUGGCAUAGUCUCCCCUUUCAAGCGGGUCUUCCUGAAAGGCGAAAAGGUGGGUCGGGACAAGAAGACCCAAGAGAAGGUGACAGAAAGGCGGCCGCUGCACACAGUCUCCGUCCCUUUGCCUGACCGGGUGGAUCCUGACAUCCUCUUGAACGACUACAUUGAAAAGGAAGUGAAGGUAACCUCAGCCUGCUCCCGGCUUUGGCCGCUUAGCCUCUUCCCCAUCCGCAGGGGCGGCCUGGCCUGUUUCAGUGAAGGAGCUGUAGCCGCCAGGCCCAGAUUGGGGGGGGGGGGGCAUAUGGGCCACUCGGCCCGGGCCUCCGAUUCCAAAGGGGGCCUCGGUCAGAAUAUUCACAAUCGUUUUGUCUUUAUAUUCAGAUUCGGUUCAAGCCUUGAAAUAAAAUUAUUUGUCAGCAUAACUUUUGUGAAAAUUAUUUAUGUUGUUCUUGUUGUUUAGUCGUUUAGUCGUGUCCGACUCUUGGUGACCCCCUGGACCAGAGCACGCCAGGCACUCCUGUCUUCCACUGCCUCCCGCAGUUUGGUCAAACUCAUGCUGGUUGCUUUGAGAACACUGUCCAACCAUCUCGUCCUCUGUCGUCCCCUUCUCCUUGUGCCCUCACUCUUUCCCAACAUCAGGGUCUUUUCCAGGGAGUCUUCUCUUCUCAUGAGGUGGCCCAAGUCUUGGAGCCUCAGCUUCAGGAUCUGUCCUUCCAGUGAGCACUCAGGGCUGAUUUCCUUCAGAAUGGAGAGGUUUGAUCUUCUUGCAGUCCAUGGGACUCUCAAGAGUCUCCUCCAGCACCAGAAUUCAAAAGCAUCCAUUCUUCAGCGAUCAGCCUUCUUUAUGGUCCAGCUCUCACUUCCAUACUUCACUACUGGCUUUUACUAAAAUUAUUUGUAUACUUACUUAUUUAUAAGACUUCAGUUAUCCCCAGGGUAAAAAAAGGGGGGGGGCACAUUAUCUACCUGGCCCGGGCCUCUUCCUGGCUCUGCAAGGCUCUGGUAGCUGCCCCGCCAAAGAGUCACCGGGGUUGUCGUUGUCGUAAAUUAGCAUACCUCUCUUUUCAUCCAAAGAUCCCAGGGCACUUUGCAACAGAAAAAUUAAAAACGAGAGACCAAAUGCCUAAUAAAAACAAAAACAAACCGAUAACCUCCUUCCCACAAACACAUUUUAAAAGCCAGGGAAUGAUAUUCAGCCAAAUGCCCAGAGGAAGAGAAACGUUUUCGCCUGGUGCCUAAAGGCCCCAGGCAAAGCUCCCUGGGGAAAGCAUUCUGCAAAUAAUAAAAGCUUAUUUGGUACACUGAUUACAUUAAAAUACUGGUUACAGGUAGGUAGCCGUGUUGGUCUGCCGUAGUCGAAACAAAAUAAAAGAAUUCCUUCCAGUAGCACCUUAGAGACCAACUAAGUUUGUUAUUGGUAUGAGCUUUUGUGUGCAUACACACUUCUUCCGAUAACACUGCUUAAACAUGAAGGCCAAGUAUAUUGCUUCCGAUUUACUGGCCGUGCUAGCUAGGGAUGGUGGGAGUUGUAGUUCCACAACAGUUGGGGACCCAAGUUUUAGAAACACUGGUUUAGGUGGAGGUUUCUGGAUGGAGUGUGUCACCUGUGCUCCUUCCUCUGUCAUACUCCCCUCAAAGGUGGUCUCCUGUUUUUAAGAGCCGGGCCUUAUUCAUUCCUGCUAGAUGCGUUAGCGGGGUUCUGCGGAGAGGCCUUCUUUCUUCCCCGGGGCAUGUUGAGAAUCGCACUGGCCUCCAGAGGGCCGAGGGGCAGUUGGUGUCUGACAAUUCUUCUUUUCUUUUAUUUUCUUCUUUAAUUUCUAUUAAGUUUUUCAAGAAAUAGAAAUUAAACAAAGAAAAACAAAGAACACUGUAAAUACACUUAUAUACAUAUUUUCCAAAAUGAAAACUAAUAAAAAAGGAAAAAUAGAAGAUAAUAAAAAAGACAAAAUAAAAGGGGAAAAAUACUUUUCAUAACCUGAAAUAUUACGACAUUCUUGCUUCAAAUCCUGCAAUAUAUAAAUCCUAGUUAAAAUAUUAUAAAAGACUUCCACUGCAUUCACCACACGUCUCUUAGUUGUCUUGCUCGCAUUUACAUCUGUUCUUCAAUCAUUUCCCUUCCAUAGGUUCUUUCAUAACCAAUCAAAUCUUUAUGUUCUCUGUAUUCUUCACAAGGUCAGUCUAGACACAACCAAACUUUCGUAUUUGAGCCCUGCUUGUGUAAAUAAUCAUUUAAACAUUUCCAUUGUUUCUGAAUUGAAAUUAAAUUUUUUGACUUAUGCCUUAUUAAAUCCGUCAAAUUUGCUAACUCCAGGUACUCACAGAGUUUACUUAACCAUUCCCCCUGACAAUUCUUCAUUGCUUUCCAGUAUUUAGGUCAAUUAGCAUCGGUCCCAGGGUACCUGAACCCCUCCAGCCGAACAGAAGUACUGCAUUUGAUAGACAAUGCAAAGGUGCGUACCAGCUUGUUUCGAGUUUCUCUCUUCCCCCAGUUCUGGCGUGUUACCCUUCUCUGAGAAGCAUUCCCACCUGGGGAGAAGAUUUCAUAGAAUCAGAGAAAUGCAGAGGGACCAUGAAGAUCAUCUGAUCCAACCCCUGCAAUGUGGGAAUCGUGGGAUUUAGAAUAGAAUAGAAUUUAUUAUUUAUACCCCGCCCAUCUGGCCGGCCCUCCCCAUCCACUCUGGGUGGCCUCCAACAGAGUAUGAAAAUACAGUGGUCUGUUAAACAUUAAAAGCUUCCCUAAAGAGGGCUGCCUUCAGAUGUCUUCAUGGCCUAGGACCCUCGUACCUACGGGACCGCCUCUCCUGCUAUGCCCCACGGAGGACCUUAAGGUCCAUAAACAGCAACACCCUAGAGGUCCCGGGCCCUAAGGAAGUCGGAUUAGCCUCAACCAGAGCCAGGGCCUUUUCAACACUGACCCCGGCCUGGUGGAACGCUCUGUCUCAUGAGACCAGGACCCUGCAGGAUCUGAUUUCUUUCCGCAGGGCCUGUAAGAUAGAGUUGUUCCACCUGGCCUUCGGCUUGGAGCCAAUUUGAUUCCCUCCCCCUCUUUCUUUUUCCUUUCUCCUCCUGUGAUAAGGCUUCAUUGUAAGGUUUUAAUGUUGUAUUUUAAUCUUGUUUUUAAGUUGUAUUCAUUCAACUUGUUUAUAUUAUUGCUUGUUAGCCGCCCUGAGCCCGGUCUUGGCUGGGGAGGGUGGGGUAUAAAUAAAAAUUAUUAUUAUUAUAAAAGUCUGGUAGUUGUUCUUCUCUUUGACAUUUGAUGGGAGGGCGUUCCACAGGGCGGGUGCCACCACCGAGAAGGCCCUCUGCCUGGUUCCCUGUAACUUGGCUUCUCGCAGUGAGGGAAUCACCAGAAGGCCCCUGCCCAUGCGCAGAUGCGGGUUGCGUUCGCUUCAGGAUGCAAACAGGGCUCCGGAACGGAUCCCGUUUGCAUCCAGAGGUACCACUGUAGUUCUUCUUUUUGACAUCUGCUGGGAGGGUGUUCCACAGGGCAGGCGCCACCACCGAGAAGGCCCUCUGCCUGCUCCCCUGUAACUUGGCUUCUCGCAGGGAGGGAACCGCCAGAAGGCCCUCGGAGCUGAGUGUCCGGGCUGAAUGAUGGGGGUGGAGACGCUCCUUCAGGUAUACUGGACCGAGGCCAUUUAGGGCUUGAGAGGUCAGCACCAACACUUUGAAUUGUGCUCGAAAAUCUUGAGAUUUGAACCCAAGACCCCGAGAGUCCCGUGCUUUACCAGCUGAGCUAUCCCUCCUCGUGGUCGUUUAAUACCCUGCCUCUUCUUCCCCUCCCGCCUUCAUCCUAGAGGGCUCAUAAGCUUCCAGGGCAGCUGACGCAGGAACAUGACGCUGUGAUCAGCCUCUCCGCCUACAACGUCAAACUGGUGUGGCGGGAUGGCGAAGAUAUCAUACUCAGGGUCCCAAUCCAUGACAUCGCGUCGGUUUCCUACAUCCGCGACGACUCCUCGCACCUGGUGGUGUUGAAAACAGGUAGGCUGGCAAAGGGGUUGCCUUCCAGUUGUUGUUGUUGUUUUUUGGGGGGGUCUUGGUAGCCACGAGAGCCUGCUUUGUCCAUCAGUCUUGUGCAUCUCUCCUGGGGGGCACCUAAGUGGGGGGUGGCCCAUCUGCGGUAGGACUCUGCUGCGUCUGAGAAAGACUGAUUUUGCCUGAGAACAAACCCUCGCUUGCACAGAUACGGCGCUUCAUGUUGUGGGCUUUUCAUGUUGCGAACGGGCCUCCGGAACGGAUCCCGUUCACAACCAGAGGUACCACUGUACGGUCAUACCUCGGGUUACAGACACUUCAGGUUGCGGACUGCCAAAACGCGGAACGGGUUACUUCCAGGUUUCGGCGGUUGUGCAUGCGCAGAAGCACCGAAUCGCAACCUGCGCUUGCACAAACACGGGUUGCGAACGCUGCAGGUUGUGAACGUGCAUCCCGCACAGAUCACGUUCACAACCCAAGUGUCCACUGUACUCAGUUCUGGUCGAAUUUACCCCAAACGCUCAGUGGUACGAAUCCCGUCAGCCACCGUUCAAUUCAAUAGUCUGAUUCCGGAUAAAGCAACUUUCUAUGUUCCUAAACAAGUGCUUUCCCUACUGUUAAGCAAAUGCACAGUGUUCGUUUUAAAAAUUACUUUAUUAAUAAAAGAAACCAAAAAAAAAGCGCAUAAAUAAAUACUGUCACAGCAGCUUGAAAGCAGCAUAAAGUUGGGCAUUACCACUGAGCUCGUCGUUCCAGAGCAUUACAGAAGAAAUACCCUUUUUUCCCCGUGGGUGUGGGGUUAUGCAGAAUCACGCAGGCCUAGCAGCUUGCCUCCUGGUUCCACUAAUGGCCUCUGGUUUUUCUCAGCUCAGGACCCCGGGAUUUCCCCCAACCAGAGUCUUUGUGCCGAAAGCUUGAAAGCUCUUACGUCAGGGUCUCUCUCGGAGAGCGGAGCGGUUCCUGUCGAAGCUUGCUGCCUGGUGGUCCUGGCUACGGAGAAUAAAGUAAGAUGUCUCUGCCUCUCUCCCCUCCCCUUCCUCAGGCAGGUCCGUUUUUGACAACAAGACUUCCCUUUGCCAGGAAAGAUCUUGCCUUCACCUUGGACAGGUGCAGCUACGCAGGUGAAAGAGAUGCUCUUGAACUGCGAAGAGGCAUCCACUCUGGGUCAUAUUACGCUCUCUUGUGGUCUAAUAAGGCAGCCUUCUCUCACAGAUAGAGCGAAACAGGAUAUUUCCAGCUAGGAAAAAAUAGUAUCUGUGGAAUGGAUGUUUAAACGAUCACCUUCCUGCAACUUAAAGGCCCAGAGCAUUUUGUUUUAUUUGAGACCUGUGCCCAGUAAUAAUUCUGCCCACCAGAAAUCAUUUGUCAGCGGCGACUGGAAAUGGUGACCCUGUCAAAAACGUGCACUGUAGAUAGAAAUGUUCCAGUAUUUUUUUUCCUUUUCAUAGAAUGCCAGGAAAUUUUGCUGCUGCCUGAAUCGUUCCUCUGAAGUAUUAUUAUUAAUAUCUGAAGUGUUAUCAUUACUUUAUGAAUUACAUGCAUCUCAUGACAAUUUGCCAACAUACCAUAAGAACAGCUGAGACAGUUUUUUAAAAGCGGGGCAAAACACGACUGAAGAUAGGUUAAUAAAACCCGUGGCUAAUAAGCACCUUCCACCUAGCUGGUGGGAAACUGAAACAAAUAAUAAUAAUAAUAAUAAUAAUAACAACAACAACAAGAACAAUUUAUUAUUUAUACCCCACCCAUCUGGCUGGGCUUCCCCAGCCACUCUGGGUGGUUUCCAACAAUGUCACACAUUAAAAACUUCCCUGAACAAGGCUGCCUUCAGAUGUCUUCUGACUGUCAGGUAGUUAUUUAUCUCUUUGACAUCUGAUGGGAGGGUGUUCCACACGAUGCCUUAUGAGGAACGGCUAAGGGAGCUGGGCAUGUUUAGCCUGGAGAAGAGGAGGUUAAGGGGUGAUAUGAUAGCCAUGUUCAAAUAUAUAAAAGGAUGUCACAUAGAGGAGGGAGAAAGGUUGUUUGCUGCUGCUCCAGAGAAGCGGACACGGAGCAAUGGAUCCAAACUACAAGAAAGAAGAUUCCACCUAAACAUUAGGAAGAACUUCCUGACAGUAAGAGCUGUUCGACAGUGGAAUUUGCUGCCAAGGAGUGUGGUGGAGUCUCCUUCUUUGGAGGUCUUUAAGCAGAGGCUUGACAACCAUAUGUCAGGAGUGCUCUGAUGGUGUUUCCUGCUUGGCAGGGGGUUGGACUCGAUGGCCCUUGUGGUCUCUUCCAACUCUAUGAUUCUAUGAUUCACAGGGCGGGCGCCACUACCAAGAAGGCCCUCUGCCUGGUUCCCUGUAACCUUGAAGUGUUUCUCGAAGGCGCAGAUAUCAGGUGCCUGUCGUAUAUCAGCAGGGAUGCUGUUCAGCAGAACACAGGCAGCCUCGCUGAAACCCUUGCUCUGCGUUAACUGUGGAGUGGACUUCUGAUACCUUAUGGCAAGAUUAGGGAUCCUGUGUUUCUACAGAGAUUGCUGGACUCCAACUCCCAUCAUUGACCAUCCUGCUUGGGACUGAUGGGAGCUGCAUUCUACUUUGGCAAUCACUUGUAGCCGAGUAAGAUUGUCUUCCAUAAACAUGGUUUUAACAGUGAGUCAUUAAGUGGUUGUGGAGGCCAGUUCUGGAUCCACACGUCCUUCCACAGUGGGGACAUUGGUUUCCGGGCGGGAGUUGAUCACGGUGUGGAUUUGCCAAGCGUGCCUUCCUCCUAGCACGUUUCUCCCUUGCGUCCUGAGUUCGAGUGUCUUCAAAGCCCAUGACACCUUUGGUCAAGGCUGUUCUCCAACUGGAGCGCUCGCAGGCCAGUGUUUCCCAAUUGUUGGUGUUUAUACUACAUUUUUUUAGAUUUGCCUUGAGAGAGUCUUUAAACCUCUUUUGCUGACCGCCAUCAUUACGCUUUCCAUUUUUAAGUUCGGAAUAGAGUAGUUGCUUUGCAAGACGAUAAUCAGGCAUCCGGACAACAUGACCAGUCCAACGAAGUGGAUGUUGAAGAAUCGUUGCUUCCACACUGGUGAUCUUUGCUUCUUCCAGAACAUUAGUUCGCUUGUCUUCCCAAGUGAUGUGCAAAAAUUUUCAGAGACACCAUUGCAGUACAGCAACCUCCGGAGGCCAAAGGUCUCCCACUCCUGUUUUAGGAACUUGAAGGAGGAGCGCAUCUGCAGCGAUCUGCUGGGCGUGUAGGGGAAGGCAGUCUCUCAAGUACACGCGACUCCCCGUUUCCUCGGGGGUUACAUUCCGAACCUCCGCGCACAUCAGUGAAGUCGCAUAAAAUGGGGGUGCCGCCUAUAUCAGAUCAGCUGAUGUGCCGGGGAGAAGCUUCCCCAGAUGGGCAGGCUGUGCUGCCCCACCAGCUCAGCUGACAUACAAGAAAGCUUCUUUCCCCAUGCGUUGUCCGGUCCACGGAGCUCUACUGCCUUCCUGGCUUGCACAGUGUGCGCAGCUGUAGAUGUGGCUGCUGCUGAGCUACCCUGCACAUCAGCUGUUAGGCAGGAGGGGCCUCCCGCUCGCAAGGAGACCCUCUUCAGAGCUCUGGGUCGCCUUACUGUUAGAAUAUUCUGUUCCACCUUAAGAACAGGCAUGGUUGUUGUGUGUCACAUGUCUGUUUACAUUCCAGCACAGCUUGCUGGGAGCUUCCGUUUCUGUAUAGCUUUGCUUAUGCUGCUUGCUUUGGACAUGAAGGAGAGAAGACAUGUUUUUCUUUUGGCCUGAUGUAUGCUGAAUAAUGCAUGUCUGAUGGGCUUAAGAUGGGGCAAGUUGGAAGUUCUCUGCUUCUCCCCCAAAGCCCAUCCGACCUGUAAUUAUUAUUAUUAUUAUUAUUAUUAUUAUUAUUAUUAUUAUUAUUUAUUUAUAUCCCGCCCUGUUCCAUCUUUCUCCAGGUAACUGCAGAGGAACUCUGCUCGCUUCUCAGCCAAGUCUUCCACAUUGUUUACACGGAGUCCACCAUAGACUUCCUCGACAGAGCAAUAUUCGACGGGGCCUCCACGCCAACGCGACACCUCUCCCUGCACAGCGGUAGGAGAAGCAGCCGCGGUUUGGGUUCCUCUUGCAAGCGGCUGUUGCAGAGGGGAAGCGAGCAGGGCCAGACUGCUCCAGUUCCACCUGCACGACUCGGCGGUCAUGUGAUCUCGCCUUUGCCUACCUGGCAUCCCCCAGAGAUGAUGGGAGUUGUAGUCCAAUGCAUGGGGAGAGCACCAAGUUGGCAAAGGCAGCUCUAAACUCGCUGUUUGGGUGGGGGAAGGGGGUCAUUGGUUCGUGGGGCAUUUUUUCUUGUUUCAUCAUGUAAUGUAAUAAUAAUAAUAAUAAUAAUAAUAAUAUUUUUUAUAUCCCGCCUUCCCCAGCCGUAGCCGGGCUCAGGGCGGCUAACAACAAUAAAAUAAUACAGCAUUCUCAAAUCAUUUCAUUAUAAAAUUAAUUCAAAUCAAAUUGAUGGCAACCAUUGGGCUAGAGUUCUGUGAAGAUUGCCAAAGGAGGGAGUCAGGCUGUGCCCUGGCCAAAGGCUUGGUGGAACAGCUCUUUCUUGCAGGCCCUGCGGAAAGAUGUCAAGUCCCGCAGGGCCCUGGUCUCUUGUGACAGAGCGUUCCACCAGAUCGGAGCCACAGCCGAAAAAGCCCUGGCUCUAGUUGAGGCCAGCCUAACCUUUCUGCGGCCUGGGACCUCCAGGAUGUUUUUGUUUGAAGACCGUAAUGUAAUGUAAUAUAUAUAGGGAGAGGGAAAAAUAAUUAAAAUUAAUAAUAAUAAUAUCCACCGGCGGCAAACUGGGCUGAAGUGGCUUCCCUCAUCUCCUCUAGCUUGAACAGAGGAGGCUUCCAUGUAGUGUCUAUCUAGCCCAGAUAUUUCAAUUUGUUUUUUCAUUUCCCUUUUAAUUUGCAUAUCGCCUUUCUCUGGCUACUUCCUUGCAGAUGACUCUUCUACAAAAGUGGACGUUAAAGAUUCCUACGAAACGGAAGCAAGCACUUUGUGAGUAUACUUAGGGCAGCAGGGAAGACUGGGGCAUCUGCAGAGCUUUUUUUCAGCUGGAACUCAGUUCUGACGCCUCCCAGGUAGGCACCACUGCUAUUAUUACAGAACAAGGCAGGCGUUCAUGGUGAGUUCCGGCACCUCUUUUUCUAGAAAAAUAGCAGUGGGCGUGUGUGUGUGUGUGUGUGUGUGUGUGUGUAUUUACCGUAUUUUUUGCUCUAUAGGACACACUUUUUUCCCUCCAAAAAUGAAGGGGAAAUGUGUGUGCGUCCUAUGGAGCGAAUGCAGGCUUUCACUGAAGCCUGGAGAGCAAGAGGGGUCGGUGCGCACCGAUCCCUCUUGCUCUCCGGGCUUCAAGAAGCUAUCCGCAAGCCUUCGGAGUGCGGCGGGAGUGCCUGCCGGGCUCCAAAGGCUUGCGGAUAGCAGCCUGCAGCCCGAAGCACGGGGAGUGCAGUGUUGCACACCCCGGGCUUUGGGCAGCUAUCCGCAAGCCUUCGGAGCCCGGCAGGAGUUCCCGCUGGGCUCAGAAGGCUUGCAGAUAGCAGCAAGCUCUGGGAGCGAAGCCUCUGCUCCCAGACUCGGGCUUCCCCCACCCCAGCCCCACGGCUAAAAACGAAGCCAAGACAGUGAGCGGGAUCCAUCCCGCUCACUGUCUUGGCUUCUUUGCUCUUUGGGGCUGGGGGGAGGAAUAAAAAAAACUAGGUGCGCCCUAUAGAGCGAAAAAUACGGUAUUUCACAAAAUCCGUAUACUGCUUAAUUGUAAGUAAAACAUCUGCUGGGUUCCCAAAGUAGUUGGUGCCGUCCCAUGCGGUAAGAGACAAUGGAGUGCGCCUCCAUUCUUUAUCAAACAGUUCCCCCUCCUCCCAAACCUUCAACCAAAAGAAGGCUCCCAGAACAGGCAAAAAGGGGGCAGGUAUCAGUUCAGUCCCGAACCCUCAGGCUUACAACCCGACGGACGCAGCACGAAAGGAGAACUGACGGGGAGGGAGGAGGAGAUGGAAGGCCCCUUGGCUCAGUGAGGGUGACGCAUGGACCUGUUGUGCAUUUCCAGUUCUUUCCCCGAGUCCUUGGAGACCGGUGGCAACUCCCCUUCUUCCUUGUCGGCACAGCCUUCACCCCACGCCAAGGCGGCCAGCGAGAGCGAGCUGAGCACCACCGCGACAGAGCUGCUCCAGGACUACAUGAUGACGGUAGGGGCAGGGAGGAAGGCUUUCCCCAGGGAAAUCUUGGUCCCCUUUGGGGGGGGUAGGGGUGGGACCAAGGGGCUAGUCACACACUUAGCUGGGGGGGGGGUCAUUGGAAUAUGCAAGUUCCUUUCUCUUCCUGUAGAACAGUGGUGGGAAUGCUGUGGCCUCUGGUUGGUGCCGGGACUACAACUCCCAUCAUCCUCCUGGGACGUAAACCUUCGCUGCGGAUCUUUCCUAACGUUACGUGGGAAAUCGAACAAAAGAAACUGCGUCUUCCGUUUCAACAGCCUUUUCUUCCUACGCUGAUUUAGCUUUUAUUCUUCCCACCCCUUUCUUUCCCAGCUACGAACAAAACUCUCCUCUCAUGAGAUCCAGCAGUUUGCCAUGCUUCUGCGCGAAUACCGUAACGGGGCGUCCAUACAUGAGUUCUGCGUCAGCCUGCGACAGCUCUAUGGGGAUAGCCGGAAGUUCCUUCUGCUAGGUGAGUGUCCCCACCUGACCCCCCCCCCCCCGAGAUUGAAUGAAUGGAAGUUGCUGGUGUCCAUAUAUCCCAUUUGUUGAGGGCAAGUUGAGGGGCAGGUGGGGCUUGUCAGCCUAGAAAGGGAUUCCAUCUAGGACAGGCAUAGGCAAACACGGCCCUCCAGAUGUUUUGGGACUACAACUCCCAUCAUCCCUAGCAGGACCAGGGGUCAGGGAUGAUGGGAAUUGUAGUCUCAAAACAUCUGGAGGGCUGAGUUUGGGGCUGCCUGAUCUAAGAGAAGAAAGACGCUGAUUCUAAACUUGGCUGGAUAUCUUUGAGAGAAGAAAAGGCUAUGGAGUAAACGCUACACAAAUCCCUAAGGCGGUUGGGUGGCGGCUAACAGAUUGAGGUUGAAUCCUGACAGGACAGAAGUACUGUUUUUGAGGGACAGGAGGCGGGCGGGUGUGGAGGACACCCUGGUCCUGAAUGCGGUCACUGUGCCCCUGAAGUACCAGGUGCGCAGCCUGGGAGUCAUUUUGGGCUCACAGCUGUCCAUGGACGCACAGGUCAAUUCUGUGUCCAGGGCAGCUCUUUAUCAGUUCCAUCUGGUAUGCAGGAUGAGACCCUACCUGCCCACGGACGGUCUCUCCAGAGUGGUGCAUGCUCUGGUUAUCUCCCACUUGGACUACUGCAAUGCACUCUACAUGGGGCUACCUUUGAAGGUGACCCGGAAACUGCAACUAAUCCAGAAAGCGGCAACUAGACUGGUGACCACAUAACACUGGUCUUGAAAGACCUACCCAGUACGUUUCCGAGCACAAUUCAAAGUGUUGGUGCUGACCUUGAAAGCCCUAAACGGCCUUGGUCCAGUAGACCUGAAGGAGCAUCUCCGCCCCCAUCUGCCCGGACACUGAGGUCCAGCGCCAAGGGCCUUCUGGCAGUUCCCUUACUGCAAGAAGCCAAGUUACAGGGAACCAGGCAGAGGGCCUUCUUGGUAGUGGCACCCACCCUGUGGAACUCCCUCCCACCAGACGUCAAAGAGAACAACAACUACCAGCCUUUAGAAGACAUCUGAAGGUGGCCCUGUUUAGGGAAGCUUUUAAUGUUUGAUGCAUUACGGCAUUUUAAUAUUUUGUUGGAAGCCACUGUACCGCCGUCUCUUCCUCUGGCACCGCCUCUCCUGAGAUGCCCCGCGGAGGACCUUAAGGUCCACAAAUGACAACAUUUUGGAGGUCCCAGGUCGCAAGGUGAUUAGAUUAGUCUCAACUGGGCCCAGGACCUUUUCAGUACUGGCCCCGACUUGGUGGAACGCUCUGUCCCAAGAGACUAGGGCCCUGUGGGACUUGACAUCUUUCCGCAGUGCCUGCAAGACAGAGCUGUUCCGCCUGGCCUUUGGUUUGGACUCAGUCUGUCCCUUAUGUUUCCCUCCCCUUAUGGUUUUGACUUUUAAAAUGAGGCUGCAUUUUAAAUUGCAUUUUAACCUGUAUUUUAAAUUGGGGUCCCCCCCCAUUAUGUUUUUACUGUAAUUUUACUGGUGUUAGCCGCCCUGAGCCCGGUUCUGGCCGGGGAGGGCGAGGUAUAAAUAAUUUUUAUUAUUAUUAUUAUUAUUCCUUGUUCCAUUCCCUUCUCCCCCCCCAAAAAGGCCUUAGACCAUUUAUCCCGGAGAAGGACAGCCAAUACUUUGAGAACUUCCUGGAGACGAUUGGCGUGAAGGACGGGCGAGGCAUCAUCACCGACAGCUUUGGGAGGUACCGGCGGACGGUCAGCACGACCUCCAACUCCACCACCAACGGCAACGGCGCCGCGGGGAGCUCGGACGACCAGUCCGCCCCCUCGGAGGGAGACGAGUGGGACCGCAUGAUCUCUGACAUCAGCAACGACAUCGAGGCUCUGGGCUGCAGUAUGGACCACGAUUCUUCCUGA